GUGCUCGGGAAAUCUGCCCUCGUUGGCGCGCCGGCCUGCUCGGAGUCACUCGUGUUGCGUUUUCCCGCGGGCUGCAGAGCGUUCGCGGCCCGGUCAUGGUGGACGUGAUGGAGCUCCCCAAAGCGCGCAUCAACGCCGGCAUGCUAGCGCAGUUCAUCGACCGGCCCGUGUGCUUCGUGGGGAGGCUGGAGAAGAUUCAUCCCACUGGGAAAAUGUUUAUUCUUUCAGAUGGAGAAGGAAAAACUGGAACCAUUGAGUUGAUGGAGCCGCUUGAUGAAGAAAUCUCUGGAAUUGUGGAAGUAGUUGGAAAAGUCACAGCCAAGGCAACCAUAAUGUGUGCAUCUUAUGUCCAGUUCAAGGAAGAUUGUAAUCGCUUUGAUCUUGAACUUUACAAUGAAGCUGUGAAAAUUAUCAAUGAGUUCCCUCAGUUUUUUCCAUUAGGGCUUGUACAACAUGAAUGAGCUUCUUGAAUUUUUUUAUGAUUGCCAGUGAGCUACUUUGAAGGCUGUUAAAGAAGACUCCUUCAGUUUGAGGGAGAGACUCCUGUAAUUUCUAAUAUUUAAAUUGCUCUUUUUUUAUGUAAUUUUUUUGUAAAUUUAGUGUGUGACAGUCCACAACUAAGUCUAUAAAUUUUUUAAAACUAGUAAUUCAGUAUAUGGUCUGAAUUCAAGAAUAAAGCAUUUUCUUGAGUUUAGAUUUCUAUUGUAUAAUAAAAAUCAAAAUAACA